CCGCUCCUGCCGCCGUCGCCGCCGCCGCCUCCUCAUUCAUCCUCGUGCACCAUAGGCGGCACAGGCACCAAGAUGUCCAACCGAGUGGUCUGCCGGGAAGCCAGUCACGCCGGGAGCUGGUACACAGCCUCAGGACCGCAGCUGAAUGCACAGCUAGAAGGUUGGCUUUCGCAAGUACAGUCUACCAAAAGGCCUGCUAGAGCUAUUAUUGCACCCCAUGCAGGAUAUACGUACUGUGGGUCUUGUGCUGCCCAUGCUUACAAGCAAGUGGAUCCAUCUAUUACCCGGAGAAUUUUCAUCCUUGGGCCUUCUCAUCAUGUGCCCCUCUCUCGAUGUGCACUUUCCAGUGUGGAUGUAUAUAGGACACCUCUCUAUGACCUUCGUAUUGACCAAAAGAUUUACGGAGAACUAUGGAAGACAGGAAUGUUUGAACGCAUGUCUCUGCAGACAGAUGAAGAUGAACACAGUAUUGAAAUGCAUUUGCCUUAUACAGCUAAAGCCAUGGAAAGCCAUAAGGAUGAGUUUACCAUUAUUCCUGUACUGGUUGGAGCUCUGAGUGAGUCAAAAGAACAGGAAUUCGGAAAACUCUUCAGUAAAUAUCUAGCGGAUCCUAGUAAUCUCUUUGUGGUUUCUUCUGAUUUCUGCCAUUGGGGUCAAAGGUUCCGUUACAGUUACUAUGAUGAAUCCCAGGGGGAGAUUUAUAGAUCCAUUGAGCAUCUAGAUAAAAUGGGUAUGAGUAUUAUAGAACAAUUAGACCCUGUAUCGUUUAGCAAUUACUUGAAGAAAUACCAUAACACUAUAUGUGGAAGACAUCCCAUUGGGGUGUUAUUAAAUGCUAUCACAGAGCUCCAGAAGAAUGGAAUGAAUAUGAGCUUUUCCUUUUUGAAUUAUGCCCAGUCAAGCCAGUGUAGAAACUGGCAAGACAGUUCUGUGAGUUAUGCAGCUGGAGCACUCACGGUCCACUGAAGCUCUGAAUCCUCAGGGAUGCCACCUGCACAUUCUCAUAUUCUGUCCGGGGUCCCAGCCUAGCCUUUAUCAAGAUACUGGUCCUGGUUUGGGGGGAUUCUGAAACCUCAAACUAAUAGAACUUUCUUCU